ACACUACCAUGUAACAGCCAAAUAUUCAGUCACGGAGGUUUACGGGAAUUAAAACAUAUUAUAUCCUAAUCGACGGGAAUUUAAAAACAAACAAACAAACAGGAUGGCAUUCCCUGUAGAUAUUUUGACAAAUGUGGAUCACGAGUUCUUAGAGCUGGCAGCCGAGGAAUACAUGUCUCAGAUCCUCUACAGAAAUCCUGACACAGCGGAGUACUUCAGACUACCUGAUUCCAAACAGAUAGAGAUUGGCCUCUGCAAUGUAAGUUUUGUCCCUCUAUAUGGAACAGAUACUAAAAAGAAGCUCCUUGCAUUGUUCUUACCUGAUGACUUUACCACAGUUGUUGGGCUUUAUUUGUUGGGCCAAUGGUGGGGAGUUGAAGAUGUUCUUAAAACAGCAGAGCCCUCAAGAACGGGCCUGAUCAAGGUCAACACUCUUGGGGAGAGGAUAGUCCUAUAUGUUCUCAACAGAAUUGUGUUGAGAAAUGAGAAAAGCAGUGAAGAUGUUUCCUUUCUCUGCCAUUGUGAGCAUGAAAGUGCAAAAAUACUAUGGAAGGAUGGAGAGGCCAUUGGCUUUUACUCAUACAAACCCAAAGGUAGCUUGUGCAGAAACUUCUUGACCCAGUGCUAUCAACUUCCUGUCAUGGACACAAUAUUUGUCAGGAAGUGUCACCGGGGCAAGGGUCAUGGCGUAGAGAUUCUGGAAGACUUUAUUGGUAGCUUCAGAAAGGAGUAUAUAGGGUUGAAGUUUCCUCUUUCUGAAGCUAUUUAUAAAGUUUGUGAGAAGUACUUCAGUAUACAUCCAGCAGACAAAGAGAUUCUGUGGGAAGUAGAGAAAAUAGGAAGCCCUUUCCAGAGAACUCUAAUUGCAAACAGGCUACAGAAGUUGAAGCUAAAAGCAGAGAAGGACCAGGUUGUGAGCAAACUGAAAUUUGACGAAGAUGCUGUCAUUUCUCCAAUGCAAAUCGAGAUGACUAAGGUUCAGGAAACCAUUGAAUACACAGUGGAGAUAGUGGAGGAGACCAUUACAGACAUCACCAAAGAAGUAGAUGACGUACCAGUCUCAAGGCGUGGCAGAGGUAGCAGCCUGAAACGCAGAGGUAUCAGAGAAAAUUCAGAGGAGAGGCUUUCAAAGAACAUCAGGGUGGAAGACAUUGAGGCAGGAGUUGAAAGUCCAAUUGAGGUGGCAACUGAGGAACAUCUUGAUGAUACUUUUACUGUAAAAGAAUCAGAAACUGUACUCAGGAGUACAACAGGCACAGUAACUGCAACUGUCACAAACAUAUCAGAGCUUAGAAGUUCACAGAAAGAGGAGGAACAUGAAAUUGAAAAAGACACAGCUACAUCAGAGGGGACUCCAGUCACCCACCUCACCACAGCUGGGGAAAUAGAGAGCCAGAGAGGCAGUGAAGAGGAAUGUGAAAUUGUCAAUGUGGAGCACACUGUUGUAAAACAAGGAGCCACUAUUGGGUCUAUUGACCAAAACCAACUUCAGUCUGUGGUGGAUAUAGAAAUUGUAAAGAUGAGUACAGGAACUGAAGAGGAACAAAAUGAGAAUUUAGAAAAGAACAAAGAGGUUGAGGAAGAUAAACUUGUGUGUGAGACAGAGGAGGAGGAAAUAAAAAUGCUGGAUGAACCUGAAGAGGAAAAGGCUAUGAGUGGGACCGUUGAAAUGUACAACAAUAAAAAAGCUGUUGAAGAGGUGACAGAUCAAUCAGAGACUCUUGCUAACAAAGCAGAAUCAGAAUCUGAGGUUGAGGAAUACAGAGAAAAAGAAGAGCUUACAGUGGAUUCUACUAUGGAUGCUGAAAUCUCACAGGGGGAAACUGUAGAUGUAGUUUGUGAAAUUUCAGAAAUAGACCAAGAAGCACCACAACAGUCAUCUGUAGAGUCUGCUGAGGUACAUAAAUGGAAAACAACACCUGAAGAGGACCAGAAGACAGUCGAAAAUAGCUCUAUGAUGUUGACAUUGAGUGAAGCCAAAGUUGUGCUUGUAGAUUUGCAUAAAGUUUCUCCUGAAGAGGCGAGUGAUUAUUACAGAGAGAUUGCUGAACAAGAUGAAAUGAAGCACACAAUGUCAUCUGAGCAACAAGCAGCUGAAGUAAUUAUGAUAAUGGAGGAACAAGAUGGUACAUUGGACAUAACAAAAGGAAAUAAUGUAGGGACUGAUGCCAAAAGAACUCCAGAACAAGCAACUGGAUACAAAGAACAAGAGGGUGAGCCAGAAACAGAAACCAUAGAAGUUGUUGUUCUAAGCCAAGUUGAGAAACCAGAGGAGGAAACAAAUACUGAACAAGCUAAAGAGGAUGCACAAAAGAAAGGAUCUACCGACACCCCAAGUAGAUCAACAAAUCGUGGAGAUCAAACUGUUGACCCUAGCGUGACGGUUAGAUGUCUCAGAAGCACUUUGAAACAAAUAAAGAUCGCACCUGUUAGGAGAUCUACACGUAGCAAAGCAGCGAUUCAGCAGGUAGAAUGUGUUGAGCCACAACACAAGGCAAAAUUAAGGACUGAUGAGAGGGAUGAAGUUAUUGCAGAGGAUGUAGGUCCAGAGGAGAGUGACAAGGCAAACACAAAUGUUGAUGAAACAAUGGUUAUUGAAUCUGGAAGUGUUGAACUGCUGAAAGCUACAGAAGAGAAAACACCUCAGAUUACAGAGUCUACUGAGGGAGACAUCCUCCUUGUGGAAGCAGAACCUGAUGAGGAUGUAAAAGAAAAAGUUAAAGAAAUCAAAAAGAUUGACUAUAAGGAAGCGAAUUUAGCUGGACAAACAAACAGUGACAUAGAGAUGAGCAGUCUUGCUCAGGAGACAGAUGUCCAGGAAGAGGAGGUACCAGUCAGCACAGAGAGAAAUCUCAGACGUAGAACAAUAAAAGUUCAGUCAACACUGAGAAGGAAAUCUAGACGUGUGCAAGAAGCUGAAGCAGAUGUUGAACAUCAGGAAAGACACACAGUGGUGACCAAGAAUAAAACUGAAGCAAUCCCAAUGACAAAAGAGACAGUUGAAGAAAUUGAUCAAGAGGUCAACAAGAUGGAAAACAAGGAAGCAAAAUUAGCUGAGUUGGAGCCAGUGGAAGAAACAGACAUGAUUCGAAAUGAAGAUGAAAAAACUUCAGCAUCAACAGAAGAGAUUGUGAAUGUCUGUUUACCAAUUAUUACAACAGAGACCAGUUUUGAAAGUCUUGAUGAUAUGGCAAACUCAAACACUGUUGAUACUGAGAAAUCUGAUAUACUGAUGAGUGUAGAAAUAGAUCAAGAAAAAGAACUUGAUGAGGAGACAGAGAUAGAGGAUGGUACUCCAGUAAUAAACUUACAAAAGGCCACAGUAGUACUUGUAGAUUUGAAAAAACUUUCCCAAAAUACAGAAGAGGUUGGGACUCCAGAAGUCUUAAAACAUUCCCAACUGGAGGAACAACUGGAACUGGAUAAACCAGAUAAAAAUGCAGAUCUGUGCAACCUGGCAUCAGAAGAGGAGGAACAAAAAGAAGAAAUACAAACAGAGGAAGACACUGAAAUUAUCCCUGAGGAAGAAAAAAUAGAGGAAGAAAACACAGUUGAAGAGCAGGAAAAACUUGAUGAACAAGACAUUACAUUUGAGGAGCAAAAGCCAAUAGAAGAUUUGGCCACAAUGCCAGCUAAGAACAACCUGGUGGAAAGCACUCAAAAAGACAUCAACCAGAAUGAGGAUGAAGGAGUGAGCAGUCUUACUGAAAAAACUGAAAUAGUCCAAAUAACAGAAAAGAGUGCUGACAAAGUGGAUCAAGGUGCAGAAAAAGAGAGAGAGAAAGCACCUCAAAAAUCAACUGUUGAGGCUACUGAGAAUGUCAUCCCAUAUGUAGAAGUCGAACCCAAAGAGGCUGUAGUAGGAAAAAAAGCUAAAGAAAUUAACAAAAUGGAAAACAAAGAAACAAAUUUAGUUGUGACAAAGGACACAUGUGAUGAGACACCUGAGAUGGGAGAAGAAGCCAAUUUAGAGCAAGAGAAAAAUGAAUCAUUGUUUAAAAACGAGAAAGAAAAAGCUGAGACAGAAAAACCCAUGGAGAUGGACCCAGUGGUUAGUUUGGAGCAAACAAAUGCAAGGAUCACAAGGAGAAGUCUUAGGCUCAGUGCAAAAUCAGUCACAUCUACACAGAAUACCAGAAAAUCUACACGUCUCCACAAGGCAGAGUUGGAACCAGUAAAAGAAGCAGAUAUGAGUAGAAAUGAAUAUGGAGAAACCUCAGCAACAACAGAAAGGACUGUGGAUGUGGGUAUACCCAUAAUUACAGUAGAGACCAACUUGGAAAGUCCUGAUGAAAUACCAAACACAAAUGUUGAGAAAACUUCAGCUGUUGGACCUGAGAUGUCUGUACUGCUGAUGGGUGUAGAAACAGACAAUGAAAAGGAGGCAUCUAAGAUUGUAGAAGCCGUCACACUUGUUGAAGAAGAACUUGAUGAAAAGGGAGAGAAAGAUGAUGUUACUCCAAUAAUACAGCUGCAAAAAGCCACAGUAGUACUUGUAGAUUUAAACAACCUUUCCCAAAGCACAGAAGGAGAGAGUGACACUCCAAAAGUCUUAACAAAUUCCCAGACAGAUGAACAACUGGAACAACUGGAACUGGAUGAACCAGAUAAAAGUGACUAUCAACUACAUAUCCAGACAUCCGAACAUAAGGAACAGCAAGAAGAACUACAAAAAGAGGAAAAUACGGAAAAGACCCCUGUGGAAGAAGAGGACAAAAUGGAGGAAGAAAACACCGCUAAAGAGCAGAACAAACUUGAUGAACAAAUCAUAACAUUUGAGCAGAAGAAACUUACAGAAGUUGUAGAUGGACAAAAUUAUAUAAAGGAGACAGAGAUUGUAGAGGACUGUAAGGUAGUCAUAGAUGAGGAUGUGGAAGAAACUGUAACAUCUAAAGAACAUCCAGAACAAACAACAAUGGCAGACAAGGCUAAUAUAAUUAAGGAGACACAAAAUUAUCAAGAUGUUGCUUUAAAAGAGAAACAAACAGACAGUGAGGUAGAGAUGAGCAGUCUUGCUCAGGAGACAGAUGUCCAGGAAGAGGAGGUGCCAGUCAGCACAGAGAGAAAUCUCAGACGUCGAACAAUAAAAGUUCAGUCUCAACCAAGAAGGAAAUCUAGACGUGUACAAAACCAAGAAGCUGAAGCAGAUGUUGAACAUCAGGAAAGACACACAGUGGUGACCAAGAAUAAAACUGAAGCAAUCCCAAUGACAAAAGAGACAGUUGAAGAAAUUGAUCAAGAGGUCAACAAGAUGGAAAACAAGGAAGCAAAAUUAGCUGAGUUGGAGCCAGUGGAAGAAACAGACAUGAUUCGAAAUGAAGAUGAAAAAACUUCAGCAUCAACAGAAGAGAUUGUGAAUGUCUGUUUACCAAUUAUUACAACAGAGACCAGUUUUGAAAGUCUUGAUGAUAUGGCAAACUCAAACACUGUGGAAACUGCAGCUGUUGAUACUGAGAAAUCUGAUAUACUGAUGAGUGUAGAAAUAGAUCAAGAAAAAGAACCUGAUGAGGAGACAGAGAUAGAGGAUGGUACUCCAGUAAUAAACUUACAAAAGGCCACAGUAGUACUUGUAGAUUUCAACAAAAUUUCCCAAAAUACAGAAGGAGAGAGUGACACUCCAAAAGUCUUAAGAAAUUCCCCGACAGAGGAACAACUGGAACUGGAUGAACCAUAUAAAAGUGAAUAUCAACUACGUAUUCAGACAUCCGAACAUAAGGAACAGCAAGAAGAACUACAAAAAGAGGAAAAUAUGGAAAAGAUCCCUGUGGAAGAAGAGGACAAAAUGGAGGAAGAAAACACCGCUAAAGAGCAGAACAAAUUUGAUGAACAAAUCAUAACAUUUGAGCAGAAGAAACUUACAGAAGUUGUCAAAGGACAAAAUGAUAUAAAGGAGACAGAGAUUGUAGAGGAAUGUAUGGCAGUCAUAGAUGAGGAUGUGGUAGAAACUGUAACAUCUAAAGAACACCCAGAAGCAGCAACAAUGGCAAACAAGGCUAAUAUAAUUAAGGAGACACAAAAUUAUCAAGAUGUUGCUUUAAAAGAGAAACAAACAGACAGUGAGGUAGAGAUGAGCAGUCUUGCUCAGGAGGCACCAGAAGCUGUCCAGGUAAACUUAGAAGAGGAGGUGCCAGUCAGCACAGAGAGAAGUCUCAGACGUAGAAAAAUAAAAGUUCAGUCUCCACCAAGAAGGAAAUCUAGACGUGUACAAAACCAAGAAGCUGAAGCAGAUGUUGAACAUCAGGAAAGACACACCGAGAAUAAAACUGAAGCAAUCUCAAUGACAGAUGAGACAGUUGAAGAAAUUGAUCAAGAGGUCAACAUGAAGAACGAUGAAACAUGUUUAGCUGAACUGGAGCCAGUGGAAGAGGAUACUGAGAAUGUUGUCCCACUUGUAGAAGGAGAACCUGAUGCUACUGCAGAAAAGGGAUUUGAAGAAAUCGACAAGAUGGAGAACAAGGAACAAAGCUUAGAGAACGAUCCGGCUCCUGAGAUGGGAAGAGAAGAAGCCAAUUUAGAGCAACAUGAAAAUGAGUCAUUGGUUUCAGUGGUUUGCAAGGAGCAAACAUACCUUAUAGAGGAGACCACCAGUCAAGUAGAGGAGGUCUCACAGAUGAAAAUCUCUGAAACCAAUGACAAUAAAACCGAAAGAAUCACAAGGAGAAGUCUGAGGAUCAGUGCACAGCCAGCCACAUCUACACAGAAGACCAGAACAUCUACACGUCCCCACACAGAAGAGUUGGAACCAGUGAAAGAAGCAGAUAGAAGUCGAAAUGAAGAAACCUCAUCAACGACAGUAGAGACUGUGAGUGUCUGUGUACCAAUUAUUGCAGUAGAGACCAACAUGGAAAGUCUUAAUGAUGAUGUAGAUAUGGUUUUCAUGAGCAGAAAUGUGGAAACUACUUCAUAUGAGCAAGAGAAAGACAUAUCAAAUGAUAAGGGAAAGGUAGAUGAAGCUUUGCUUGACAAAUCAACAAAUGAACAAGAAGAUGAGACCAAGAGCUCAAUUAAAACAAUUGAAAAUGAAAUUCUGCUGGAAAUGGAUAAAACACAAAAAGAUGUAGAGGGGGGAGUUCAAGAUGAAGAAAAAAAAGAGCCUCAACAAGAAAACGCAGACCAGAAACCAGAGGAGAAUACUCAACAGAAGGGAGAAGAUGAAGCAAGAACAAGCUCAGUAGAAGAAGAAGCAGUGUCAAAGGAGGAAAGCUCUGAUCAAGAGGCAUCCUUCAUUACAAGAAGAAGUCUCAGAUACCGGACAGUAACAGUCCAGUCUACACCAAGAAGAAAAUCAAAUCGCCUCCACAGACAAGAGGUGGCGUCAGAAAAAGAAACAAUGGGCAACAUAUGUGGAAAUGAAAAUGACUCAGCAAUACAGAAAUCAGCGGAUGAUUUAAAUAUCGAGAAGGAGAACGAGGCAUUAAAUGCGGAGGAGAGCAUUACGGAAUUUGAAAAUUUAAAGACAAAAGAGGGAGAAGGCAUUAUUCAGGUAAAUAUGGAAGGAAAGGCAGAGGAAAAAGGGACAAAAGAUGAUACUGUAAAAGAAGGAAAUGAAAUCCUCUUUGAAAUCAAUGAAAGUAACAGUGCCUGCCCAGACAACACUGAGCAGGACAAGACUCGAGAGGAAAAUCUUGAGAGAGAUGUACAGGCGCCUAAAGAACUGGAGGAGGAAGAAGUCUCUAGUGUACAGGCGGAAAAGAAACCAGUCCUGGAAAAAGAAACUGAGGGAGCAGUGCAAGGAAGUUCUUUUGAUUUGGAGGAAACAACUGUGGAAAGGAGAACCCUGAGAAAAAGAUUGACUGUUAAAACGGCUGCUCCAAGAAAAUCCAAACGUCUUCGCAAACAAGAGCAUGAUGAGGAUAGCGAGCAAGUCAAAGAAGUUAUACAACAAACUGAGACAGUAGAAGUGACAUUUACAACAGAGAAUGUAGAGCCGACCUCAGAUGUACCUGCAGCAGCUUUUGAGGGCAGUAAUUUGGGUGGAGGAACACAACAGAAAAUCCAGGAGAAUGCAGAAGGGACUAAAUCAGAUGGAGAUUGUAAUAUACAUGAAGACACCAAGACAGAUGCAGGUGAAUCUCAAAAGGAGCAUAAAGAGAAAAGAGUAAAUAAACCUAAGACAGAUGAGGAUAACGACGAGGUUAUGGAGCAAAAUAGCAGGAAAGUAGAAGAGAUAGGUGAAUUGGAGGAAGUGAUAGAUCAACAUGUGGAGGCAGAAGAGCAAAAGGGUGAGUCCAGUACAAAUGAGGGCUUCACUUUAGAGUUGGAGGUAGAGGAAACACCUGAUCAAGAAGAAAACAAAGCAGAAGAGGACAGCAGAGUGGCCACGGAUGCCGCAAAAGACAUCAUAUUCACAUCUGCAGAAAAAUCUGAUGAAGGUGAAGAAAAUGAGAAAGGUCUCCCCAUUGAAAAGCAUGUUCUUCAGAGUAGCUCAAGUAUAUCUUCAAGCAGACGGAGAUCAAUGAGACUGCAAAUGCAUGAAUCUAGAAAAGGAGAUGAAUCCGAUUCCGAGGAGUCAGAAGAACAACAAACAGCGAAACAGAGGAAAAGAAAAGCCAUAACUGACUUGACACCUGCACGCAGAUCAAAACGCUACAGGGCAAAAAUUGUUUAGCAGAUUUGUGGGUCUUGUAUUAAUUAAUACAGACCGCCUAUGCAUUGUAUAAUGCACUUAUUAUUUGAAUUAUAUAACUACCAAUUAUAUAAUGUGAAGUUUUCUAUAACAUUUUCAAAGUCAUGGAAAAUAAUUUUUUAAUGAAGUAUUGGGGAUUUUAUAAAAGUUUCUUGAAAUUCGGAUUUACUGGAUUUGAAAUAAGUAUAACUUUUUAGUUGGUAAUGUCUAAGUAUAUCUUUAAGUUAGACAGUUAUUGUUUCUUUUUACAUUUUUAUUCUAUAUUGUGCUUUGCAAAUUAAUUAUAGAGGUAGUUUUUAAUGUAACACUAUUUUUAUAUAUUCCACAGUAAUUCAUCCAGAAAAAAACAACUAAAUGAAUUCACAUGCUACAAUCCUCUACCUUCUGUUCUUGACAGGAUACUACAUUAAAUAUGGUUCCUCAUUUUAAACGGGCAAGACUUGUUUUGUGUGAAAUUUAUUCCAAUGUGCAGUAUGUGCUUCCAUAACAUAUAGUGUACCUUUCUAGGUGAGUUUGUGACACGUUUUGAUUGCAGUGUACCAAAUUACAGAGAAUCUGCCACAACUGCCCUUGUUUGUAUUGCCAAGGAAAUUAUAUUAGUCUUUUUGUGAACCUCAAAGCAAUAUAUUUUGUCCUUUUAUCAUCUUCAUCUCUUUUAAAUAGCAAAUGUUUGUGAAUGUGUAAUGCUAAAUGUUUGUUAAAGGUUGUUUAUUUUACACUCAAUUCUGUUUAUGUUGCUUAACGUUUCACUUUUGAAUAUUACAAUGCAAAAAUAAUUUACUUUUUUUCUUUUUACCUCUGUGGUUGUCCUGUGAAAACAUUUUCCUGAACUGUGAUUUGUCAGCUAAUUUGACUUAAAUGUUUGAAUAAAGUCAUAAAUUACCUGA